AUGAAAUAUGAAAGCUUGAGUUCUUAUUUGCCUGAGAAUUGAAAAAAUUGCGACAGAUACCAAAGGUUUGAAAUAAUUUUGAGAGAAUCAAUAUUACAUCUUCUUAGUGAAGCUGAACUAGCCAAGCUCAGUCCAAUUAAAUUGGAGCGGGAAGAAUUAGCUGACUAUAUUAUUGAUAUGCUUAAUGAAAAAAUAGAAGCUCCAGAGUCAUCAAACUAUAGCGAAAUGAUAAUUCAGCCAAUAAUGCUCCCACGGCCAUCAUUAAUAAGAUUAUCAGAGCUUGAACAUGUUCAAGAAUCUUCACAGAAGCUUAAUUUUAGUAUGUAA